CUGGAAACUUUACUUCUAAAAUGCAUUGAAAAGAUAACACUGUUCUUUUUGCAAAACCUGGAUAUUAGUUUUAAUUGCAUAAAGCACUUAAGUUGCUUAACACAUUAAUUAAACAGUUCAAGUUUUUGCUCAGCUUUGAUUCACAGUGUUGUUGUGUAGAACCAGGAAUCACUCAGCAAAUGCAGAGAAAAUUCAUCAUUCUCUUCUUAUCGAGUAUGAGCAGUAUCCUCUGUAGGUUGUAAGUUGUACCUUGCUUCAAGUGAUUAUGCAGACGUUAACUCCUGCUCCUGGCUUUUGUUUGUAGGUUAACAAGGAAAUACUGUGUGAACUUGCACAGCUAGUUCACUCCCUUGACAUAUGUUAUUUUACUGUAAAAUCAAGUAGCCUAAUACCUAUAUGAAGAGGGGGAUGGAGUAUUUUACAUUUACUGUAUGUUUACAACAUGCUGUUAAGAAGUUGCAGUAUACUGGCAAAUCUGCACUGAGCUUUCAGCAUUGCUCUUUUCCUUCUCCCCCUAGCAUCUUGAACUUCUGUACUACCUUUUACUACCUUCUUCAUGACCCACGGCUGGGAGGGUUGAUAUCAGCAGUGGUAUUUGAUACCAUGAAGUCAGAUAUGACACGUGAGAUUUCACUUUGUUUUUAUUGGUGGUGAGAGAGUAGGUUGGCUGGUUUAUUUUAAAGCAGCAGUAAUGUGAUUGUCCUUCAAGGGUCAGAGAUGUUGCUGGUUGUUAAACAGAAUAAAAAAUGUAUUUCUGGUGCUUCUUUGAUCAGAGUCUUGAAAUUUGCAAAGGAUCUGGGUGAUGUAGUGGUUUUUGCUUCUUGUAGUGCUAGGAUUCAGCUUGAGGUUCAUCAGUGCGUUGUUACUAAGUUUAUAUAUUUAAUUAUCAGAAAGACUGAUGUGAUGCCUACUCUUCUGUAUAGUGGUAGGGGUCUUCAAAUUUGUCAGGGUUCUUGCCUACAGAAUUCUUUUCACAUGCUUGUUGUUGAAUGUUGGCUUUAAUUUUUUUAGCAGUGACAGGAGUUGGACUUGAUGAUCCUCGAUGUCCCUUCCAACUUGGGAUAUUCUAUGAUUCUUGAUUUACUUGCAAUGCAUUUGGCUGUUGCUUUCAUCUGAAGAAAACACUUUUAACAUGGUGAAAUGAAGCAUAUUCAGGGGUAAGAUACUCUUAGCUCAAAAUGGCUCUCUUGGAAUCCGUCAUAAUGUAAGCAGUCUGUCUCCAGGCUAGACGUCACCCUUGUCUAAUGAAUGUUCUCGCAUGCUCUUAGAGUAGUAUUGGGAGGAGUGAAGCCCUUUGCUUCUGGGAAGCAGAGAGCUUGUAUUUCCAUCUGCUUCUGUGAGUCAGCCCAUUCCAGAGGCGACUGGAGCAGCAUUAGAAGGACUGAGAUUGCCAAGCACCUCAUCACGAAAUACCAAAAUAAAGCAGAUGUUGUGUCCCAUACUGUUAUCUCAAGAUUUUGCAAGUCAUUCUGUUAUGUGCUCCUUGGCAGCAGGAAUGUAAACUAAUUCUUUCAACACUGAACUAGAACCUUGACAAGGUUGUGAUUGCAGAUUCAAUAUUGCAUAAACAUGGGUGCAUUUUUGGAUAAGCCAAAAACUGAAAAACAUAAUGCUCAUGGUGCAGGGAAUGGCUUGCGUUACGGCCUCAGCAGUAUGCAGGGAUGGAGAGUGGAAAUGGAAGAUGCUCACACAGCUGUUGUAGGUAUUCCCCAUGGCUUAGAGGACUGGUCCUUUUUUGCUGUCUAUGAUGGUCAUGCAGGAUCUCGUGUUGCAAAUUAUUGCUCCACACACUUACUAGAACACAUCACUAACAAUGAAGACUUUAGGGCAGCAGAAAAACCUGGAUCUGCUCUUGAACCUUCAGUGGAAAAUGUCAAGAGUGGAAUCAGAACUGGCUUUUUGAAAAUUGAUGAGUAUAUGCGCAAUUUCUCAGACCUCAGAAAUGGGAUGGACAGAAGUGGCUCAACAGCAGUGGGAGUUAUGAUUUCACCUGAGCAUGUGUACUUUAUCAAUUGCGGUGAUUCACGUGCUGUUCUCUAUAGGAAUGGACAAGUCUGUUUUUCAACACAGGAUCACAAACCUUGCAACCCAAGGGAGAAAGAGCGAAUCCAGAAUGCAGGAGGCAGUGUAAUGAUUCAGCGUGUCAAUGGUUCAUUGGCAGUUUCUCGAGCUCUGGGGGACUAUGACUACAAAUGUGUUGAUGGUAAAGGCCCUACAGAACAACUUGUUUCUCCAGAGCCUGAGGUUUGUGAAAUUUUAAGGGCAGAAGAAGAUGAGUUUAUCAUCUUGGCUUGUGAUGGAAUCUGGGAUGUAAUGAGCAACGAAGAGCUCUGUGAAUUUGUUAAGUCUAGACUUGAAGUAUCAGAUGACCUGGAAAAAGUGUGCAAUUGGGUAGUGGACACUUGUUUACAUAAGGGGAGUCGUGAUAACAUGAGUAUUGUACUAGUUUGUCUUUCAAAUGCUCCUAAGGUCUCAGAUGAGGCAGUGAAAAAAGAUGCAGAGUUGGAUAAGCACUUGGAAUCACGGGUUGAAGAAAUUAUGGAGAAAUCAGGUGAAGAAGGAAUGCCUGAUCUUGCUCAUGUUAUUCGUAUUUUAUCUGCGGAGAAUAUUCCUAAUUUACCACCAGGAGGUGGUUUAGCUGGCAAGCGUAAUAUUAUUGAAGCUGUGUACAGUAGACUGAAUCCACACAGAGAGACUGAGGGGGACCCUGGCGAAGCGGAGGAAAGUGGAACGCAGGGAAAAUUGGUGGAAACGUUCAGGCAAAUAAGAAUAAAUCAUAGGGGGAACUACCGCCACCUUCUGGAAGAGAUGCUGACUAGUUACAGGCUAGCUAAGAUGCAGGGAGAAGAGUGCACUGCUGAAUCAGCUGCAGCUUCUGCUUCAGAUAAUCAUGCUGGACCCAGUGACCCUGUACCACACAGCCCCACAGAAUCUGGGAGUCGCCUUGCUGAAAUGCAGAGCUCAAGUGAAGAUUCAGGGAUGAAUGAGAUGAGUGAUAAACAGACAUGAUGUCUUUGUUUUUCGUAGCAAAUUUGAUGCUUCUCUUCACUUGGCAUAUUUUCUUUUGUUUAUAUCUCAACAUUUGUCACAUCUAUCGUAGAAGUCUGUUUGUUUUCAGUUUCAGUUAUUUGUACAGAUUGUUGACAUAAACAUAUUUUUUUCCUUAGAAGUUGGAAGACUAUUGUAUAUUACAGUAGUUGCAUUUUAUGUUCUAUAGCAGCCAGUUAAGUUCCACAUGAGAUUUUGUUUUUAAAUCCUGUGACCCCCAACAAUAGGAACCUAAUAUGCUAAUGCAAAAAUAAAAGAAAAAUCAAAAAGCAUUUAAGUAUGUUCUCAGAGAACAUUUUGAUGGUAUGCUUGCUCAUUGUAAAAUAAUUCCCAUCUGAAUGGUAUCUUUUGUGCACAUGGUUUGAAUUUUAUGAAUACUUCCAUCCUUUUCCCCAGCAUAAUAACUGCAUGUUUGUAUUUGAAUUGUGUAUAGUUUAUAUUACAACUAAAUUACAAAACCUACGAUGUGUUAGUUUGUCACUUUUUCUUCCUGAAAUGUGUAUGUUUUUUUCAUUUUAGAUUGUAUCCAUUGUUCAUAAAUACUUAUUUUUUAGAUGACUGUAUUUUUGUUUUCCAGGUUGUAGCAUAACGUAUAACCAGAAAUGAAAAUGUACUUAGAAGUAGUUCAUAGUUUCAAGUUCUAAGAGUUUGUGUUGAAGUGAAAAUAAAGAAUAUGCUGUGGAAUAAUACCUGUAUGCAUAUUGACUCUUUUAAGCAAGUAAUAAACUUACUUUGAAAUGCUGUCUUUCUGCCAUUGAAACUUCUCAUAGCUUCUCAUUUUAACUUACCAUGAUGUUCAUUAGUUUCUACAAAUAUUUCAGUAAUUUUGAGUUUGACACACUCAUCCUUAGUCCUCAGUUUGGGCAACAUUUCUCAAUUUCAAGUUAAACAUCAGUAACAAAUGAAUAAACAAGUAGUUCUACUUAGGUUUACCUUCUACCAAAUCUUUUACUUGUCUUUUGGUGUAUGACACAUGCAUUUGGGUAGGCCAUGGAUGAUAGUGGGAUUUUACAGUGGUGAUGACUAAUCUGCUAGCAAGUUAAAUCUGGAAUUGCUGUGUCAGUAGUCAGUCUGUAACACAACAAUUGCAUAAGAGCAUCAGUGUUCAACAUAGGUACAUAUUUCACUGCCUCAAUGAAACAGAGCCUGAGGGAAUAUACAGUGAACCAGGGAAGUCUUAGAAGUUAAGUUUUAGUACUCUGUAGACUUUUUUUUUACUCUGUGGGUGCAGUGGUGUCUAUUGAUAGCUGUGAUGUAGUAUGGUUUUAGGUAAUGUUUAAGUCCUUAUGUUGUAGUAGUUUUACUGGGUUUGUGUCUCGUAAAAGUGAAUUGUCUUGUGUAGUUGCAGAGCAGAGCAUGUCUGUGUGUGGAAUUUGGCAGGUAUGAAAAAAGGGAAAUGUCUUUUAAUGCUAGUGUUCUAAUUAAUUGUGCCACUUAAAUCCAAAGUGCAACAAAAUGUUUUCCUUUGUUUUGGUAAGAAGUAAUGUUUCUCCUCUUCUC